CCACGAGUUUCCCGCCAAAUUUUUUACACUUCUCAUCUGUAUUUAUAUGUCAAACUUAUUAGGUUAUUUUUUUGGUCCUGAUGCUGACAAUCAGAAAUCAGCACGAUUUUAUUGAAGGUCUAUCUAGAAAAUGGACGAGUUUCCUGAUCCCGAUGAGGAAUUUGAUUUGAUUGUUGAUCAAGAUCAAUCGCCAGCAAAGAAUAAAACCAACAAUGUAUCAAAUGACGUUUCGAUCGAAAGCUCAACGCCAGCUGUACUGCACUGUAAUGCUUCCCAAACCUCUGAUCAAGGUAAUAGAUCAAAAUCGCAAUUGCAAUCCAGCAGUGAAUCAUUUCCCACUGAAUCGACUAGGAAAAGAACAUACGAAGAAUUGUUGCAAGAUUUCGGAGAUAUUUUCACGGAUGAUGUGAAUUUAGCUGAAUUUUGUGAUCCAAAAGAUAAAAGGCCACGAUGGAGCGAGCCAGAGGCAGUCAUAGAAUUAAUUCUGAAAGAGAGAAAAAAAAAUCGAAUGGUUCAUAAUGGUCUUGAAACAAUAAAAUCAUCAAGCCAGAAAAAAUCAUCAAAGGAUUCUAUAUCAACGACGGUACCAUCAUGGAAUUUCAUAGCUCUAACAAGAGUCUCUGACUUUCAACGAGUUUAUGUGAGAGUUGGUGAAAAUAGACGAGAAAAACAAUCUAUAAAUACACGACCACCUUCUGAUCUUUUUCAACUACCAUUCAGUGAUCUUAAACGUGAAGCUGAAGAGAUUAUCUUAAAAAACGCAGCACGAGCUUCGAGUCUAUCCGAGAUCGAAUCGAUUUCAAAAAAAUCGGAUGAUCAGUUGUGGGUAGAUAAAUAUCGUCCUCGUACCUACAUGGAACUACUGACUGAUGAGAGCGUAAAUAGGGCUUGUCUACGAUGGUUGAAAUUGUGGGACAAAGUCGUAUUCAAUCGAGAAAUUACGAAACGACGAAAAAAGCCUGUAGACACACAGGCGUUUGGAUUCAAAAAUUUUGGACGUAAAAUCGAGGAUGAAGGUGUCGACGCGAGAGGUUUUCCGAUCCAAAGAAUAGCUCUUUUAAGCGGUCCUCCCGGUCUUGGAAAAACUACGCUCGCACAUUUGGUCGCCAAGCAUGCUGGCUACAAUAUUGUCGAGAUAAACGCGAGUGACGAGCGAGGACCGGAAGCAUUUCGAGAAGCGCUUUUGGCGGCCACGGAAAUGCGCUCUUUAAUCGGAGACGAUCCAAAACCAAAUUGUCUUAUCCUCGAUGAAAUUGACGGAGCUUCGGCAGCUUCGAUCGAGCUUUUAAUCAAAUAUGUUCAGGGCAAACUUUUGCCCAAGGGAAGGAAGAACAAAGAAGCGGCCCAGAAAAAUAAGGAUGGCUGCAAAAGACCAGUCAUUUGCAUAUGCAACGAAGCUUACACUCCUUCCCUCAAACCUCUACGAGGGAUGGCUUUCGUAAUAACAGUACCAAAAAUCCACUCUGUACGCUUAGCCGAUCGUUUGGCGAUAAUAGCUAGGAAGGAAAAGUUGAAAACCGACCAGGGAGCUCUUCUACAGUUGGCCGAACGUUCGGGGUGCGACAUACGAUCUUGUCUCUGUGCUCUCCAGUACAUGGGAGAAGCUUGCAGUACCACAAAUUUCCAUCUCGGUUUGAAAGACACGAAAAGAGGUCUUUUCGAUUGUUGGAAGGAUAUUUUACAAGUGCCAUUGGCGAGGGACGGUAUUGUUCCUAUUAAGGAAAGAGUCCAGGUCGUUUUGAAAGCAGUUUACAGUGGUGAAACAGAACGAACGGCUCAAGGAGUUUUUCACAAUUAUCCGGAAGUGUGUGUGCCGAAUAUGAAUAAAAUAUCGGAAACCCUGCAGUGGUACGAGUUUUAUGACGAAAUCACGAAUCUCGUGUUGAAACGACAGGAUUGGCGAGUAAUGCCUUACGCGAAUUACGCUUUCGUCGCUUUCCACUUUGGAUUUGCCAAUAACCAGCAGUUCGUCAAGCUCAAUUAUCCUUACGCUCCAACCGAAGCCAAUCAAAAAUUGAGUAAAACCUUAGCCAUGCUUACGGCGACUAAACAAUCUUAUAACCAAGAUAUCGAAACACUUGCACUGGACAUAACGCCCUUUUUGCCACAAUUACUUACGCCGAAACUUCGCUCAGUUUCCGGUCAUCUUUAUUCGCCCAAUGAGCGCGCCGAUCUUACUCGUCUCAUAAAUGUUUUACUCGAGCUUGGUCUGUCUUUUGUUCACACCAAGAGCGAUGAUCGAAGCUUCGAUUAUACUCUCGAUCCGAAUUUGUUGGAAAUCGGUAUUUUGCCAGAUUGCAAAUUGCGUCGAUCAAUGCCGUACGCCGUUAAGCAAAUAGUAGCUCAAGAAUUGGAAAUUGAGCGCGUGAGACGAGCGGAAAAAAGUGGCGCGACUGGUCCAAACAAAUCCACCGGAAGUGAAGGGACAUGGAGAAAAAUAACGAGGGCGAAAGAGCCACCGGAAAAGACAGUGAACGACGAGCCGGUUGUACCAAAUCAUUUAAGACAAUUAAAACCGAAAUCCAUUGAGCCUAAAAAGAAUGGUUAUAUAAAUUUCUUCGAAAAGUUCGUUCCAAAACCGAGCAACGAUAAACAGAAAUCACCGGGUACAUCGCCCAAAGGACCAAAGCCGAUUCAUCGUUUUCGUCAAAUAUUGAUCCAACACGGUGUUUGGUACAAGUACAAAGAAGGGUUCAGCAAUUCGGUUCGUCGUGAAGUUAAAAUGGCUGAUCUUCUUUGACGAGUCCGUAGGAAAACAAAGAAAUUUCAGCGAAGGGUGAGCGAGCGUCA